AUGAAUAAUGAGGAGUUUGAAAGGAUUGCUUAUUGGUACUUAAAGGACCUCAUUCACAGAAGUCUUGUGUUGAUAAGCAAACAGACUCUUGAUGGCGAAAUUAAGACUUGUAGGGUGCACAGUGUCAUGCAUAACAUCUGUUUCAGAGAGGCUCAAAAAGAGGGAAUUCUAUGCGCAGUAAAUACUCGGCAACUCCCAAGGUGGUCAUUAAAUGCAUUUGCAAAUUCAUGUCGUUGGUUAAGUUUAUGCAAACACAGGUUUGACUAUUAUGUGUUGUUUAGUUCAACCAACCCUCGCUCCAUUUUCUUCUUUCAAGAAAACACAGAAAUUUUUGUAUCCUUGAAGCUGUUAAGAGUUUUGGCAUUUGUUGAAUCUUCAUUCCUCCAAAGACUAACAAAGCAGCAAUUAGGGGAUUUGAUAUUUUUAAGAUACUUAUCUGUAACACAAUGGUUUGAGGGUCUGAGUGAUGUUGUGUCAAGUAAUGUGAAUUUGCAAACACUUAUUGUUUCCUGUAGUACUGAGAGUGAAUCACAAGUUGGAGCACCUAUUCUCCAUUUGCCAUCAACAUUUUGGGAGUCACCACAGUUAAGGCAUCUUGAACUUGGCACUUGCUAUGCUGUCAAUCCUCCAAGAAUGGUGAAAGAGAAUUUGCAAACAUUAUCUUGGGUAGGUCCAACUCAUUGCAGAAAAGAAGUGUAUUCUAGUUUUCCAAACAUGAAAAAACUGAAAAUAUUCUGUAAAGAAGAGUUAGAGGCCAGUCACAUAGGUGGAUCUUCCAGAAAACACAUCAUUUUGGAUAAAUUGGACUAUUUAGAUGGUCUUGAGAGUUUAACAAUUUCAGCUUCUAUUGCCUGUUUUGUAACCCUUCAAGAAAGAUGUAUGUUUCCUUUACAACUGAAGAUGCUGAAGUUGAGUGGGAUUCGUAUUUCUUGUUGGGAUUUAAAGGUUAUUGGGAGGUUGAAAUGUCUUAAGGCGCUGAAGCUGGAAGAUGUGUUUCAUCAAGAAGUGUGGAGAAUAAAGUACUCAAGCGGUUGGAGACUAACAAAUAUUCUUUCCCCCUUCUUCAACACCUAUGUCUAA